CCAGGCCCCGGGUGCGGGGUGCGGAGCGACGCUGCGGUCCAGUCUGGGCCAGAGGGCGUUGGAGACGCCGGGGGCGAUGCCGCGGCCCGGGAAGAGUUCGUACAGCGACCAAAAGCCCCCCUACUCUUACAUCUCGCUGACCGCGAUGGCCAUCCAGCACUCCGCCGAGAAGAUGCUGCCGCUGAGCGACAUCUAUAAGUUCAUCAUGGAGCGCUUCCCCUACUACCGCGAGCACACGCAGCGUUGGCAGAACAGCCUGCGCCACAACCUCUCCUUCAACGACUGCUUCAUCAAGAUCCCACGGCGGCCCGACCAGCCCGGCAAGGGCAGCUUUUGGGCGCUGCAUCCCGACUGCGGCGACAUGUUCGAGAACGGCAGCUUCCUGCGGCGCCGCAAGCGCUUCAAGGUGCUGCGUGCUGACCAUACUCACCUGCACGCGGGAAGCGCCAAGGGCACGCCAGGCGCUGGGCCCGGAGGGCACCUGCAUCCCCACCACCCGCACCACCCGCACCACCCGCACCACCACCACCACCAUCACGCUGCAGCGCACCACCACCAUCACCACCACCCGCCCCAGCCGCAGCCGCCGCCGCCCCCGCCGCACCAUGGUGGUACCCAGCGGGUUGGGGGAGAUGAACGCUUGGAGAGACGCCUGGCCCGGGACGUCCGGAGAGGGCAAGGGCACCCAGACCAGGUCGGGCAGAGGUGGCGAGCCCCGGCCUUUGCGGGAAAGGAAGGAGCGUUUCGUGGCCAUUGCCUUCCAGCCUCCUCCGGACAGAUGCGUGAGGAUGACCGGUCGCCUUUGCACGCUGCCGUCGAUGUUGUGUUCCGUAUGCUGUCUGGGCGCGUUCGCCCUUCAGACGAAUUCUUCAGUUUCAGUUCGUGA